UCCGCCAUCGUCGCCAAGCGCGUACCCGCCGCGAGCCGCUAAUCGUCCGCCGCUCCCGUUACCGGGGCAACCGCGGCGCCUCCUCCGUGUCGGUCCCGAUCGUCCCUCCGCGCCAUUUUCAAACUGCUCUAGCGCCGGGGCCCGUGCCUGGGCGGAAGGAGCUAGUGGGGGACUCGAGGCCUGAGGGCAAUGCGGCUGGAGGCGGAGGGAACGCCGGCUGGAGCUGCGGACUUUAAUUUUUGGAAGUGAAUAAAACUUGUUUUGGAAGACAAGAUGACUACAGCUGUAGAAAGAAAGUAUAUUAAUAUUAGGAAAAGACUGGAUCAGCUGGGAUACCGCCAGACUCUGACAGUGGAGUGUUUACCUUUGGUAGAAAAACUUUUCAGCGACUUAGUUCAUACGACUGAGAGCCUUCGGCUAUCAAAAUUAUCUGCUGUGAAAGCUGAAAAAGAAAGUGCCAAUUUUGAUUUUAUUUUGGAACCCUAUAAACUUGAAAAUGCAAGAUUGAGUAGAGAAAAUAAUGAAUUAUACCUAGAGUUAAUGAAACUGAGAGAACAUUCAGACCAACACGUUAAAGAGUUGAAAACUUCAUUGAAGAAAUGUGCACGUGAAACAGCUGAUCUGAAAUUUCUAAAUAACCAAUAUGUUCAUAAACUCAAACUGUUGGAGAAAGAGAGCAAAGCUAAGAAUGAAAGAAUUCAACAACUUCAAGAAAAGAAUUUGCAUGCUAUAGUACAAACUCCAGGUGGCAAGAAAAGAAGUAUUGCUUUCAGGCGCCAGCGUAUGCAAAUUGAUGAACCGGUUCCUCCUUCUGAAGUCAGUUCAUAUCCAGUUCCUCAACCAGAUGACCCUUACAUUGCAGACCUCCUACAAGUGGCUGAUAACAGGAUUCAAGAACUUCAACAGGAAGUCCACCAGCUACAAGAAAAGUUAGCAGUGAUGGAAAGUGGGGUGAGAGACUAUAGCAAGCAGAUUGAGCUAAGAGAACGAGAGAUAGAACGACUGUCAGUUGGUUUGGAUGGUGGUCGGUCCCCUGAUGUCCUCUCUCUGGAGUCUAGAAACAAAACCAAUGAAAAGCUUAUUGCUCAUUUAAAUAUUCAGGUUGACUUUCUUCAGCAAGCUAAUAAAGACCUGGAGAAGCGUAUACGAGAGCUUAUGGAAACCAAGGAAACAGUGACAUCUGAAGUCGCUAAUUUAAGUAACAAAAAUGAAAAACUCUGCCAAGAAUUAACUGAAAUAGAUCAGUUAGCACAGCAGUUGGAAAGACAUAAAGAAGAAGUGCUUGAGACUGCUGAUAAAGAGCUUGGGGAAGCAAAGAAAGAGAUUAAAAGAAAGCUCUCUGAAAUGCGGGAUCUUGAAGAAACAAUGGCAAAACUUCAACUGGAAUUGAACUUAUGCCAGAAAGAAAAGGAGAGACUGAGUGAUGAACUCCUUGUAAAAUCAGACCUAGAAACUGUUGUUCAUCAGCUUGAACAAGAAAAGCAAAGACUUAGCAAAAAAGUUGAAAGUUUUGCAGUUACAGAACGACAACUUACUCUGGAAGUUGAGAGGAUGAGACUAGAACAUGGAAUAAAACGUCGAGACAGGUCACCUUCUCGUUUAGAUACGUUUCUGAAAGGUAUAGAAGAAGAACGAGAUUAUUAUAAGAAAGAGCUAGAGAGACUCCAACAUAUAAUACAGCGAAGAUCUUGCUCUACAAGUUAUAGCACACGUGAAAAAAGUUCAAUAUUUAGAACAUCAGAAAAGGGUGAUUACAAUUCAGAAAUUCAUCAGAUCACAAGAGAAAGAGAUGAACUUCAGCAUAUGCUAGAAAGAUUUGAAAAAUAUAUGGAGGAUAUACAGUCCAAUGUUAAAUUAUUGACAACAGAAAGAGAUAAACUAAGUGUCUUAUAUAAUGAAGCUCAGGAAGAAUUAUCUGCCCUAAGAAAGGAAUCCGCCCAAACCACAGCACCCCAUAAUAUUGUUAGUCUUAUGGAAAAGGAAAAAGAACUUGCGUUAUCUGACUUAAGAAGAAUUAUGGCAGAAAAGGAAGCUUUAAGAGAAAAAUUAGAGCAUAUUGAAGAAAUGAAUCUUUUUGGAAAAUCAGAAUUAGAGAAAACUAUUGAACACUUGACAUGUGUUAAUCAUCAGCUUGAAAGCGAAAAAUAUGAAUUAAAGUCUAAAGUGUUAAUAAUGAAAGAAACAAUAGAGUCGUUAGAGAACAAAUUAAAAGUCCAAGCUCAAAAAUUUAGCCAUGUGGCUGGUGACUCAUCUCAUCAGAAAACAGAGGUGAACUCACUUAGGAUAGUAAAUGAGCAGCUACAGCGGUCAGUUGAUGACUAUCAGCACCGACUUUCCAUAAAAAGAGGUGAACUUGAAUCAGCCCAAGCACAAAUUAAAAUACUGGAGGAAAAGAUAGAUGAACUAAACCUUAAGAUGACUUCACAGGAUGAGGAGGCUCAUGUAAUGAAAAAGACCAUUGGUGUUAUUGAUAAAGAAAAAGACCUUCUCCAGGAGACUGUAGAUGAGAAGACAGAAGAGAUUGCAAAUUUGCAAGAAAACCUAGCUAAUAAAGAAAAAGCUGUUGCUCAAAUGAAGAUAAUGAUCUCAGAGUGUGAAUCGUCUGUGAACCAGCUGAAAGAAACAUUGGUUAAUCGAGAUCGUGAGAUAAACAGCCUCCGGCGCCAGCUUGAUGCAGCUCACAAAGAACUCGAUGAAGCAGGAAGAUCUAGAGAAAUCGCUUUUAAGGAAAACAGAAGAUUGCAAGAUGACCUGGCUACAAUGGCAAGAGAAAAUCAAGAAAUCUCAUUGGAAUUGGAAGCAGCAGUGCAAGAAAAAGAAGAAAUGAAGAGCAGAGUUCAUAAAUACAUAACAGAGGUGUCACGAUGGGAGAGCUUAAUGGCUGCCAAGGAAAAAGAAAAUCAAGAUUUGUUAGAUAGAUUUCAGAUGCUUCAUAACCGUGCUGAAGACUGGGAGGUCAAAGCCCAUCAAGCUGAGGGAGAAAGCAGCUCAGUUCGACUGGAACUUCUUUCUAUUGACACUGAGAGGAGACGUCUUCGAGAAAGAGUGGAGCUAUUAGAAAAAGAAAUUCAAGAGCACAUAAAUGCCCAUCAUGCUUAUGAAUCGCAGAUCUCAUCAAUGGCAAAAGCCAUGUCUCGAUUAGAAGAAGAGCUGAGACAUCAAGAAGAUGAGAAAGCAGCAGUAUUAAAUGACUUGUCAUCUCUUAAAGAACUUUGCAUUAAACUUGAUUCGGGCAAAGAUGUUAUGACCCAGCAAUUGAAUUCGAAAAACCUUGAGUUUGAGAGGGUUGUGGUGGAACUAGAAAAUGUAAAGUCAGAGUCAGACCUACUGAAAAAACAACUGUCAAAUGAGAGACAUACAGUUAAAAACCUCGAAUCAUUGUUGGCUACAAACAGAGAUAAAGAAUUUCAUUCUCACUUAACCUCCCGUGAGAAGGAUACAGAAAUCCAGCUACUUAAGGAGAAGUUAACCCUUUCCGAAAGCAAAUUAACUAGUCAAAGCCGGGAAAACACCAUGCUUCGAGCCAAAGUGGCGCAGUUACAAACAGAUUAUGAUGCUCUGAAAAGGCAGAUCUCAACUGAAAGAUACGAACGAGAACGAGCAAUCCAAGAGAUGCGUCGACAUGGUCUUCCUGCACCACCCCUUAGUUCCACUCUGAGGUCUCCUUCACAUUCUCCUGAAAAUAUAAAUGUGUAAUAAUCAGAAAGUACUUUACUGAGAUUUUAAAAUCUAUGCUCAGAAGUGGGACUGACCUACAGUUUCCAGUUGAGUGCAAGCAGCAUGGUCUGGCUUUGAUGUCAUAGCACCCUAGCUUCCAAGAACAAAUGGUAAAACCUCUGUCUUCCCAUGUUCUGGAAUUCUUUGCAUUACAUGGAACUGGCUCAUAAAAUCACCUGGGUAGGUGUCUUUUUCAGAGGAAACUAUCUGACCACCUUUUCAAUUUCUUCUACAAAUUAGAUGUUCUCCCCCUCCUUAAGUCAGCUUGGUAAUUAUUUUUUUUUCUGGAAAUCUUCUAUCUUAUCUACAUUUUUAAAAGGUCAUCCAUACCUUAGUUAUUUUUUUCUUGUGAGAUGUUUAUUUCUUGUAUCUCUUGACUGAUAGAUCAGAUAUAAGUCAAUCUUUAUUCCUUUCCUUUCCUUUCAUUCCUUCUUUCUUUCUUUCUUUUCUUUCUUUCUUUCCUUUCUUACCUUCCUUCCUUCUUUCUUUCUUUCCUUCCCUCCCUCCUUUCCCUCCUUCCCUCCCUCCUUUCCCUCCUUCCUUCCUUCCCUCCCUCCCUCCUUCCUUCCUCCCUCUCUUCCUCCUCCCCUCCCUCCCUUCCUCCCUCCCUCUCUUCCUUCCUUCCUUCCUUCCUUCCUUCCUUCCUUCCUUCCUUCCUUCCUCCCUUCCCUUUCGCUCUCUCUCUCUCUCUUUUUCCCCUCCUCCUCCUCCCUCCCUCCCUUCCUCCCCCUUUCCCUCUUUCUUUCUUUUUUGAUCUUGCUGUUGCCCAGACUGGAGUGCAAGUGGCAUGAUUAUAGUUCCUGCAGCCUUGAACUUCUGGGCUCAAGUGAUCCUCCCACCUCAGCCUCCCCAGUAGCUGGGACUACAGGUGUGUGCCACCACACUUGGCUAUUUUUGUUUUUUUAAAUUUUUUGUAGAGACAGGAUCUCACUAUGUUGCCCAGCCUGGCCUCAAACUCCUGGACUCAAGCAAUCCUCCCGCCUCAACCUCCCAAAGUGUUGGGAUUACAGGAUUACCCGGCCAUGUUUUUUGUUUUGUUUUUUCCUAAGAAUCAACUUUUAAUUUUGUUGGUGAAAUCUACUAUUUGAUUUGUUUUCUGUUUCAUUAACUUCUGCUUUCAUUCCUUCCCUACUUCUGCUUUCUUUUUCAUUUGUUCACAUUCUUGAGUUAUAUGUUCAGUUUAUUUUUAAUCUUCAUUAUUUUCUAAUUUAUGCAUUAAAGGCUACAAAAUUUCCUCUGAGAACCUCUUGGACUGUACUCCCACAGGAUUUUUUUGGUCAUUAGUUUUUGACAUUACUUUCUAAGUAGAUUCCAACUUCAGUUCUGGAUUAUUCUUUUUGGGAUCACCGUGUAACUUAUUAUCCAAAUUGGGACACUUUGGAGAGCAAAAUACAGUUAUGCAUCACUUAACUACAGGAAAUGUGUUGUUCUGAGAAAUUUGCCAUUAGGAGAUUUCAUCAUGUGUGAACAUCAUAGAGUGUGCUUACACAAACCUAGGUGGUGCCUACUACACAUUUAGG